AGUAGUCUCGCGUGACUUGAAAAAUAGUCUCGUCUCGUGGGACUUGCAAAAGCUCCUGGCAGUCGUUCUGGAUUUUUGUUUAUAAUAGACAGACUUCAUUUUUAAUUCAGUACUGAAGUGAUUCUUUUGUUGCACUGUUUAUCCUUUUCAUCCGUGGGCCGCUUCCUUUUCGGGAAGAUAAAAUAAACACGAAUGAGGACGCUUCCUUCUGUCUGACUUCUGACACAAAGAUGGCCUAGGGGAACCAAUUUCUUACACCCAGGGUCGACUCGGGUGUCCCGGCGAGCGAGCAGCUGGAACGAGAAGAAGCGAAAUAGCAGGAGGAAGAACCUGCCAUCUACUGUAACAUACAGAAAAGGCUGACCUGAAUACCAUGGAGAAAAGCACAGUAGAUGUUAAGGAGGAGGACAGUGGGUGGGAAUCUCUCUGCAUUAAACAGGAGAGUCUGAGCGUUAAAGAGGAGGAGUGUGAACUGGGGUUAGUGGCCGUUAAAGAAGAGCCAGAGGAGAUGUCUGUCGUAAUGGAUACACACAAAUAUGAAAGUGCAGACAAUGUCAAGGAGGAAGACCUGAAAUCGGAGUCUGUCAUUCACUAUGGCUAUCGCGACGGCGGGUUAACUGAAUUGACGACGUCUCGAAGGUCAUCUCUGGGGGCUUCCGUCAGUGCAAAGCCACAUUUCUUAUUACCCGACAUAAAAGAAGAUGAAGAAAUGUCAUCGGGGAUAACGCCGGAAGAUCAACCAACUUCUGGAGCAAAGGCGUGCAAGUGUUUCCUGCCUUCACUUCCUGUGACCUCUCUUCAGUGUAAACCACAACACACAGAACAAGAUGAACACGUGAAGAAAUUGACAGCGGGAUCUGAGAAAUUGACCCUAUACUGUUUGCAGAAUAGCUCUGUGCCUGUUACAGUACGAAUGAAAACAGGUGGUACAAGCACACCACAGCAAGUGCCCAAUACAGUUUUACUGCUGGUGUAUUUGCACCAAGGUAUGAAGAAAAGUUUUAACCCAGAAUCUCAAUGCAGUGAUGUGAAACAGAAGCCAUACUCCUGUUCUGAAUGUGGCAAAAGGUUUUCACAAACGCAGAGUCUUAAGAGGCACAUGCUGCGUCACAAUGGAAUGAACCCAUAUCGCUGUCCUGAAUGUGGCAAGCAGUUAGCAGAUCAGCGCAGUUUUCAGAACCACUUAAGGCUUCACACUGGUGACAAGCCAUUUUGCUGUUCCGAAUGUGGCAGGCAAUUUGCACAAAUGAGCUCUCUGCAAAGCCACUCCAGAAUUCACACUGGAGAGACUCCAUAUUGUUGUUUGGUAUGUGGCAAACGCUUCUCUGCAUCGAGCAGCCUUCACAACCACAAAAAAAUUCACACAGGAGAGAAACCGUAUUGCUGUACUGAAUGUGGCAAACGCUUUUCCAGGUGUGGCAACUUUCAGAGACACACAAGGCUUCACACAGCAGAAAAGCAGCACUGCUGUACUGAAUGUGGCAAAAGGUUUGCACAAAAGCACAGUCUUGAGAAACACAUACAGCGUCACACUGGAGUGAACCCAUAUUGCUGUCCUGAAUGUGGUAAGCAAUUUUCAGACAAGCGCAGUUUUCAGACACACUCAAUGCUUCACACUGGCGAGAAGCCAUUUUGCUGUUCCGAAUGUGGCAAGCAAUUUGCACAAAUGAGCUCUCUUCAGGGCCACUCCAGAAUUCACACUGGAGAGACGCCGUAUUGCUGUACUGAAUGUGGCAAACGCUUCUCCAGGUGGGGCAGCCUUCAGAGACACAGAAGGCUUCACACAGGAGAAAAGCCGUACUGCUGUACUGAAUGUGGCAAAACGUUCUCGGAUAGUUCCAAUUUUCAGAGACACACAAGAGUUCACACCGGAGAGAAGCCAUAUCACUGUUCUGAAUGUGGCAAGCUAUUUUCAGUGCUCGGCAGGCUUCAGAGACACAAAAAAGUUCACAUGGCAGCAGUACAACCGACCUCACCUGACUAAAGAGUGAGGUUCACUCCUGUCUUGAUAGUAAAUAUACCAAAAAAAUUUGGAAGAUCAACCCUGAUAUUGCUAUUCUGAAUGUGGCAAAGGAUUCUGUCAAGUGGCAGUUCUUACAAAUCGUACAAGUAGACAUAAGGAAGGCGGGAGGAAUGAAGGAAUAAGUGAUUUGGGCAUGUAACCUCAAAUAUUAAAAAUAUAAUAACCUUCCUGUUGUGGGAUUCUCGAGGAAUUCCAAAUGUGUUGUCUGUGACAGAUCCGGGGAGUCUUGCUUCGCAGUCACAUCACCGAUGAAACCAUUCAGGCAAGAUGUCAGCAGCAACUGACUAUCCACGAACAAAUCCAGCAGUAAAGGUUAAAGUUGUUUGGGCCACGUGUGCAGAAUGGGCACAAACAGGCUACCACACAUACUCCUCUGAAGACAGAGACCCACCCAGA